GUGAUAGGAAAGAAAGAAAGAAAGAAUAAAAAAAGCUUUCUAAAUUCACGGCGCUAUAUUUAUCUGAAAAAUCCAAAGUAGCGAUCGAGCGACAACUAAGCACAAGCGGUUGACAGUUCAGCAGCCGGUAUCUAAAUCUUCUAUAAUCACGGUGCAGAUGAAUGCAAGCUAGAGGAGCAGAUUUAUACUUUUUACUUUGUGGCAUGCAAAGCUGAAAUUGGGAAAAAUGGCUCCAAAAAACACCACUCAGCUGCUGAAGAACCUCCGUGUCUUAAUGAAAAACACAACCUACGUUCCCCAGGCUCUACAUGCUUACAUUGUACCUUCAGGGGAUGCUCAUCAGAGUGAAUACAUAGCACCAUGUGAUCAACGGAGAGCUUUUAUUACUGGAUUCACAGGGUCAGCUGGCACAGCCAUUAUCACAGACUCUGAAGCAGCUUUGUGGACUGACGGCAGAUAUUACCUCCAAGCUAGGCAGGAAAUGGAUGAAAAUUGGACUUUAAUGAAACAAGGACUCCCUAACACCCCAACUGAAGCCAAGUGGCUGAGCAAAACCCUACAUGUGGGCUCCACUGUGGGGGUGGACCCUUACCUCCUAGAGGCAGAAUGGUGGCGUGACCUUGCCAGGGAGCUGAAGGGUGCAGGCCAUGUUGUUGUACCUGUUCCGGAGAAUCUUGUUGACCUGGUUUGGAAUGACCGCCCUGCACGCCCAGCCAAGCCAAUUGUACCUCUUGAGAUUGAUUGGCUGAACAGAUACCAUGCGGAAUGUCGAGACAAGGUUGGAAAACUUUUGCUGCAGCAAGGACACAAGGAGGCAUAUGAUUGGCUCGUAAGGGAAACCCAGCCUAUUGGCUAGUAGAAAUGAAAUGAAAUAUCAGUGACCGCAGAUUCCUAUGUUUUAUUAUGAAAAUAUAGUAAAUUCCAAAAUGGCACCUAAAGGGACAAGGGGCCACACUGGGUUUAACAACUAAAAUAUAUUUAGACUGCUUUUUAAAUGAUUAAUUUUAGAGUUUGGGGAUAGAUUCUGUAUAUUGUUUUACUUUUAACACAAAUUGGUGCGCAAUGAAACUGAACCAGGUUCCUUUUAGGUACAUAUAUUGAAACAUAUUGCCUAUCACUGCCAUGUUAAAUGUCAAGGAUUCUUGAUGUUUCCAGAUGAAGACAAUGUGUGAUGUGCUAAUUUACACAAAAUGAAUGUGCUCUUUUAAUAAAAUUAUUAAUAAGG